AGUCCAGCGACACACACGCGACACACACGACAUGCAGGCAUGCAGGCAUGCAUUGAUGUACGUAAGUCGGCCAGUCAGUCACCCAGCCACCAACCCGAGAUGGCCCCACGUGGCUGACUCACUCCUUGUCCUCGCCGUCCUCCCCACCAUCGCCGUCCUCCUUGCCGUUCUCCUGGUGUGUCGCCUUGGCCUCCUUGGCCUCGCCCUUCUCAUCCACCUCGGCCCCAUCCUCGCCCUCGACCUCGUCCUCGGGCACGUCCUCGCCGAUUUCACCCAUCGUCUCGUCCUGCAAGACAAGACGCAGCCGCGACGCGUGUGAGCGCUGUAGUGUGCGGUGUGGUGGUGUUCGGGCGGUUUUACCUGUUCCUCAUCGCUUUCCUCCUCUUCGUCGCCCUCUUCGUCCUCGGCCUGCAGUGCAGUGCAGCCGAAUGUUGGUGGGAUGAGUGGAUCGUGUGAGUGCGGUUUGGGGCAUCUAUCUCACCGCUUCCCUGAGGAGCUCGUUGAGGUGGCGCUCGUCCUCACCGCCAACCACGAUGAUCUGAUAAAUGGAUGGAUGGAUUGAUCAGUCGAUGCACACAUAACAUAGGCAAGGGGGAAACUGCCAGUGUCCAUGCUGUCUGCUAUGUGUAGCCCACCCACCUCGGAUUUCUGCACGAAUGUGCCUCCCCGUCUUGUGAUCUCAUCCUUCACCAAAUCCAUCGCCUGGUGGCCACACAGACAGAUAGAUAGACAAAUAGGCAGCAACACCACAAUACGUUUAUGUGUGUAGGGCGUGAUGUUUAUGAGUGAGAGGGAGUGGAGGGGGGGUGCGGACCUCUUUCAUUUUCUUCAUGCCGAGUUGUCUGUCGAGGCAUGAGCCGAUGAGCACGUACUGCGGGGGCGCUAUCAGCUUCACUGACAUCUCCAUCUCCUGCUGUGUACGUAUGGAUGGAAGUAACAUAGAUGGACACGAUGUCGCCAGCCGCCUCAAGGCGUUUUUUGGUGUCGUUUCUGUGUGCGCGUACCCCCUCUGUGCUGAUGGUGUGUGCCUUCAUGAGAGCGUCCUUGACGGCGGUGACGCCCUCGUAGCCAAAACAGCACACAUCCAAUCGCACCCUGCACACACCACAGCACAGCAGCCACGGACGGGCACACACACAUACAGUGAGUGAGUGGGUCAUCCAUCGAUGUGCGGUGCGUUCCCUGCCCUGACCUCAGUUUGAUGGCUUGUGGCGUGAGUCGCCUCUUGAUGUCAGAGAGGAGGGCCUCCUUGACGUCCUCGGCCACAUCCAGACCACCAAACACCUCAUCGGGCUCCGCGACGGCCUCCUGAACACAGCAUAGGAACACAUCAAUGUUCACACAUAGAUGUGGGUCGAUCCCUCGAUGGCUGUCUGCCUGUAUACAUACCUUGAACGCUUCAUGUGCGCUGCCAUAUUUUCUGUCGAGAGGCCAUGUGACGCGGCUGUUGAGCUCGUCGACAGUCAUGCCCUUGGUCUGCAUCCGCCACACAACACGCACAUCCACAUCCACAGGCGAGUCGAGUCGUGCAGCGCACCUGAGCGACGUGUCUGACGAUGGUCUGCACGAGUUUGGCAAUCGAAUACUUCUCCUCACACUUGACAAUGUCCUCUGGGGACACCCUGCAUAGCAUACACGCAUCCAGUGCACACACAGCAAGACACCCCGCCCUGUCUGUCUGUGUGACAUGGCUGGCUGGCCCACCCACCUCCUCUUUGACAGAUCGAUGUAUCCCUUUGACUCGUCGACGCGUAGCACCAUGACGACCUCUGUCUUGCCCACCCGGAUGAGCUUCGACACAGAUCUGAACCGCCGCUUGGAGAGCUCAGACAUGAGGAUCAUGCCCUCGAUGUUGUUGUACUCGAGCAACGACACGUACGCUCCCAUGUCGGCUAUCCGGCGCACGAUCACCAUCACCAAGUCAUCCGGCUUCGGGAACCGCUGCUCGUAGAACCGGCAGUCGCCCAACGAAGCACGCACGAACGGCUCACUCGCCAUGAUGGUGGUCUGGAUGCGCUGAUACUUGCUUAAAACGCGGGACUGCUCACGAGAUCUUCGGGACUGCAGCUGCUAGCUACGAGUGCUGUUCAAGGCAACGUGCCUCGGACCUCUCCAACCUUUGCGGAGAU